GAGUGCGACAGAGUGCGACAGAGUGCGAGAGCACGUGAGACGAAGGCACCGCUCGGACGCCGUAGCAAGUCAGUGCAUCGCGUGUAAGUACCGUCCGUAGGAUUUCUACGAUGUCUACCCCUCGGUACGCGAGGUCGACAUGAGCAGCGAGUCGGCGCAUCAUCGUAAGAUGUAUUACUUAGACGUUUCUCUAGAAAUUCCAUCCGAUCCCAAUCUGAUAGUGUCCCCUGUGUAUCUCAAGAAGAAUAUUUUGGAAGCCGUCCGAUCGCUGUUCGGGGAGGAAGGUGCCAAGAGUCCUGUAGACAUUCUAAAGCUCACUCCUGAAAAGCGUAGAUUUGUCUUACGCUGUCCACGCAACAGUUACGUCCGACUGCGAGCGAGUCUGACUCUGAGUACAAAGUACGAGGGAAAGACUUGCGUGUACACGGUUCACCGAGCAUCGCCGAAUUUAUUGUCGUUCACUGCUGACAGUAGGACGUUCCAGCACGGAGAAGUCCCUCUUGAUUCUUCGCCAUGCCAUUGAUACGUAAAGAGGGCAAGGACACC